UCAACAGGGUCACAAGAAACGCAUUGAGAAAAAGACACAAAUGAAUUGCCAAAGAUUUGAGAAGAAUCAAGCUUGAAGCUACCAGGAACCCAUUAUCCUUCAGUGCUGUCAUAUUCCAGAACUGCAACCUACCUGAAGUGCCCAGAGGUACAAGGUGUUCAGUUCUCAGAGACAUGGUCAAGAUAAAAAAGACUGAAACCCAACCACCACUGAACAAGGCACAUAAAACGUUAAGACUGGGCCAAGAAAUAUCUGAAGACAGAUUUUCAAAGGUUUUAAGUGUUGAUGAGAUGAGAGUGACUCUUGACGUACCA